AUGUCGCGUGCUGCACGCAAUAGCAGCGUGUCCGAGGCGUCGGAGCUCUCGCAGGCGCCGCCUCUGCGGCGCCGGGCUGCUCUUCGCUCCUCCAGCGGCAAGGGCAACACAGCUGGCGACGGACCGGCUGGAGCAAACAGCGGGAGACAGCAGGCGGCGCCGGCUGGCUCGAGACCUGCGCAGCGAGGCCGUUCCCGUGAGCGCCCCGCUGGCACUGCCAGCGUGCCCGAGAGCCCCGACGCUCUCAUCCGCGCGUGCAAGAGGCAGACCCGCUCGCUGCAGCGGGACCGCAUGAUCGAGCACCGCGACGCCGCCAGGCAGGCACAGCAGGCUGGGGCGGUGCGGCGAUCAGCCAGCGCCAGGCGUACAGAGCCCGCGAUGCGGCCCGGCACCGCCGCCGCGACGGAGGGAGCGGCCAGCGCGUCGGCGUCCGAGCGGGAUCCGGCGGCGCCACCGCGGCAGGAGGUGGAGAGGCGGGAGGUGCCGGGGUACGACCGCUGCGAGCUCUCCGACGGCGACUACGACAGCGAGAAGGAGCAGAUGGGGCGACCGCCCGCGCGGGCGGCCAAGGCGGCGACGGCCCGGUCGCGCAAUGAGGCCGAGGAGGAGCAGCGCGAGGAGGAGGACCGCUUCGUCGCGAUGUACGACGACAGGAGCGACGCGACGACGCCGAGCGAGGCGAGCAGCUCGCGCGACGCCAACGAUGGCGAGAGCGAGAGUGAUGAGAGCGACCCGCUUUACGCGGUGCGGAGGAUCUUGGCGCUCAAGCGGGUGUGGGGCGGGAAGCUCGAGUACCAGAUUGAGUGGGAGCCCGACCCGACGGGAGCGGAGACCUACGACCCCUCCUUCGAGCCCGAGGACAACCUCGCCUCCGCUCUCGUCGAAGAGUUUCGCGAGCAGCACCCGCAGCUGAUCGAGCAGGCGCUUGGCGGCCGCGUCGACUCCGUCUGGCCAGUGCCGAACGGUGGUGCGGUGCCGAGCAAGCCUCGCUGCGUCGUGCCGCCUAAGCUGAAGUGGGAGGCGGCGCAGGUGUGGUCGCCGACGUCCGAUCGUGCCCUAAUCGCCCUUGACGUUGUGUCGACGGGCGGCAAGUCUCCCUUCGCCGUCUCCCUCGCCAUGGGCCGCGUCGACGAGGAGGGGCGCGUGAGCAACUCGUUCCACUCGCGCGAGAUUAAGAACGAGAUUAAGAACUUCAAGACGGACUUCAGCCAGCGUGAGCGGCUGCGGCUUGGCCUCCCUCCUGGUGGCAGGAGCAACUGCGCUGGCUGCCUGCUACUCUGUGAGGAGGUGGAGGGCUCGUCGCAGCAGACGCCGGGGGGGCACGCACGCUUCUAUCUGCCUAGCGGCCUGCGUGUCCCGGAGCCACGGUUGGGCUGCGUCGUGUGCAAGGUCAACCUCUGCAAGAAGUGCAGGAGGCCUGUGGCCAAGGGAGGCUGGGACCAUGUUGGCUACUGCCAUGGCCAGCUCCCUCCAGUCUCUGGAUGA